AUGAACUUAAAUUCGAUUCUUGAAUCAAUAAAUUCUGUUGAAAAAGAUGAUGAAGAUAAAUUUUAUGAAAAUUUAUAUGAGAUACUUGGUUGCACAUCAUCUUGUACUACAGAACAAAUUUCUACUGAAUAUAAAAAACGUGCAUUAAAUUGUCAUCCUGACAAAGUUAAAGACAAAGUUGAAAAGGCCAAAAAAGAAUUUUAUCAAUUAUCAACAGCUUAUAAUAUCCUAGCUGACGAAACCGAACGUUCCCAAUAUGACAAGUGGCGUACAGGAUCAAUUAAGAUUCCUUAUAAGAUGUGGAAAGAAAUGGUUAUGAAAAAAGGUCAUACUGUUCAUUGGACUUCACCGCCAAAACAACCACUUAAAAUAACUGACUCUUUAGAUACAUCUAGCGCUAGUCAAACUUAUAAUAAUGACAAUACACGUGUUGAAUAUAAUGCCCAUUCCUAUUCUAAAUUUAGAAGAAAACAUCGUCAAGAUGAUUUAUAUGAAAAAUUUAGAAAUUACGAAAUAUGA